AUGAUGGGAACAGGGUCUCCAGAAGAUGAUGAUCAUGGGUCGCCCUUUCUUCAGCUGCCUCCGAGUUGCUUGGUCCUUCCAAGGAAGCGAAGGCCGCCUUGGGGUAAGGCCCUCACUUCCUGUGGUUACCCAGCAGUGCCAGCCCCACACUGGCUGGUGCCAUGGCCUCCGUUUGAGCUCGCUUAUAUCUACUCGGCCCUCAUUCUGCAUGACGAUGAUGAGGUGACCGUCACAGAAGAUAAGAUCCAUGCCCUCAUUAAAGCAGCUGGUGUAAAUGUUGAACCUCUAUGUCCUGGCUUGUUUGCAAAGACCCUGGCCAGUGUCAACAUUGGGAGCCUCAUCUGCAAUGUAGGGGCUUGUGGACCUGCUACAGCAGCUGGUGCUGCACCAGCAGGAGGUCCUCCACUACCUCUUCCACUCCUCCACUACCUCUUCCACUCCUGCACUACCGCUGCUCCAGCUGAGGAGAAGAAAGUGGAAGCAAAGAAACAUGAAUCUGAGGAUUCUGAUGAUGACAUGGGCUUUGGUCAUUUUGACUAAACCUCUUUUCUCGUGUGUUCAAUAUAAAGCUGAACAUUAAAAAAAAAGAUCAGGAGGUCAACAUUAACUAGCUAACUGAAAUAGUAUAUAUGUGCAUGGGGAUAUCCAAUUUGAGUAUGCUUUUUUACUAUCAAAAUUAAUACUUAGCAGCGACAUAAUUAAUCUGCAAAUGCUCAAACCCCCUCUUUGCUAGAAUUACAUAGCCUAGGUGAUAUUCAAAAUAGAUAUAAUUUUUACUAAGUGCUUUUUAUCAUCAAAGCAACUAAUGAGUUCAAGUAAUCCACAAACCUUAUAGAUCUUCAUGGAUGAGCAAGUCAGACUUCUGAUGUCACCAAGGAUCUUUCUUUAGGAUUAUUUAAAACCAAAUUAUCAAAAUGAAGAUUGUCAAUCUUUCUGUUUUCUGUUUUCCUUUUGCUGGUGGGUUAUUUUGCUCACCUUUACCUCUGUUUGUUUUGGGAAUUAGAGUGUUCCAAAGAGCCCAUGUCGUGUUAAGAACUAUCUCUAGAUAUUGAGUUUACAUUGCAAACAAGCAAAAAUUCCCAGUCUAUUAGAGAUCUUCUCCUAGGAUACAAGGAAAAGCAAAGUUCAGCUAAACUGCACAAUUAAUUCACAAUCAUUUCUGAAUAGAGAGAAAAGGUUGCGUUAAGUUGUUGUGUUCUCCUCCUAGGGAUUUAAGGUCAGUUUCACGAAACAAAAUUACUAUUCUUUCAAAGUUGUCUCUCCUGAUUUGUAUUCCUGUAAUUAUCUCCUUAGGACCUUUUUCUUUUUAACUUGUAAACAUAGCUGAAUAAAUCAAUUCAAGGAUUAGCUACAUGCAAAUAUGCUAUUCUGAUGGCUAGCUGGACAGGUAAAGGAAUAAAGUAGAACAGUUUGCUUCCCUGACCAAUUAUUUUCACCAAUGUGUCAAUUAUUUUUGUUUUACACAAAGGAAUCUGAGACUUUCUGGGGGAAAAAAGUGAUUUUUUUGUUGUUGCUUUGUGCUUCAAUUUACUCCUCCCUUUUAAUAUGAAGAUAGAAACAUUAUCUUUAAGCAGUGGACAAAUUCUGGAGAUCAAAAGAACAAAUAGUUCAUGAAGAAAUAAAGCCUUAAAAUGUAAUUAUUAUCAUGACAGCUGACUUUCCAGUUAUUGAAAUGAGAAGAUUUUAUGUUAAAAUAAGAAGCAUAAUUAGAUACACUCUGCUCAACAACAUAAACAAUAUUUGACUAUACUACUAACUUUUAUUUCUAAAAAAGAGCUUAAUGUCAUUUUAUUAACCUGUAUUUCACUUUCAAAUCAAGGAACACAGGAUGGUUAUUCCAACUGUUUUUUGCAUAGUUUGCAUUUUAGUUUUGAGACGCUUUCCUGAGAGAAGCAAUACAGUCAUCUGGUCAAAUUUGUGAGCUCUGAAGCCAAAUGCAAGAUCUAAAUCCUAGCUAUCCACUUACUAUGUUAACCUGUGUUAGUACUUCAGUUUCCCCUUCCAUAAAAUAGGGAUCAUAAUAGCAUCAUCCUCAUAGGGCUACUGUGAAGAUUCCAUGAGUUAACAGGUGAAGCAAAUGGAACAGUGCCUGGCAUACAGUAAAAAUUCAAUAAAGGUUGUUAUUCACAAUAUCUUUUCAUUCUUUUAAAAACAUUGUAGAGGAUGCGUGCUAACAGCAUUUAUUUUGAGAAAU